CGAAGAGUGAGCGCGGGCGCUUCAGGUCAGGAGAUGAAGGCGGCGCACAGAACAAGUAGCUAUAGCUACAUCGGUCGCAAGCUGGGCAGCUUUGCCAAUCGAGUUGUGUAUGCGCCGACUGCAUCUGCUGAUCUGGAGCGCAAGAAGGCCGAGGCGGAAGCUGACGUCGCCUGGUCCCCGGGGCAGGCAGACAAGACCAAUGAGAGGUGCGCGCAGCAUGGCAUGAAUGGCAGAGUCGAGUAACGAGAAUCAAGCUGUGAUGGACUGCACUCACCUUGUUGGAUGUAGGUUUAGUCCAUUGCGUGGAGGCGUCGCGUCGGCCGUGAAGAACACCUUGCCCCAGCGGAGCAAUACGCCAGUGUCCAGUGUCUCGACAUCAGAUGGAGCGGUGAGUCUGGCAGAGCACUGACCAUAACGCAUUGUCACUGGUUGCACUGUGUCUAUCCUUUGUGUGUGUGUGUGCUGCAGUCGGUUGCAUCUGAUUCGGCCUCAACGGGACACAUCCACGUCCACCAGCCCGACGGCAAGGCCAUCCGCCUGCCUCAAUCUGCCAUCAUAAUGGAGCGCAUGUGGGACGCGACGUACCUCAAGACCCCGGUGGUCGGCAUCCUGGACACGAUCAUGCAGUACUCCUUGCUGUUCGUGCCGAGGCCCGAUAGGUGGUUUCGAGGCACCCGCUGCCCCUUUUUGGCCAUGUGGACCUCCGAGUGCACCGCACCAUGCGUUUUCCGUGGUCCGCAAACUACGGGCCGGUGGACGACAGUGAUGGCGAUGGACGAGUGUGCCGAGAGGAUGGCCCGGUGAGUCAAAGCAGGGAUGCAGACGCUCAUCAUGUCAUUUCUUCACUCGUUCAUCUGUGUCGUGUUAUCACGUCAGGGUGAGGCCGCCGAACCCGUAUGACUGGUGACGUGAUCCAAGCAAGGGGAUGGGAUGCCUGACUAAGGUGCAUGUGCAGAGUUUCUUUAGUGAUUGUCGUGUGCUCUGUCUUGGCG